CUUUCCUUCCGUGUAGGGUUUCUUUCGACUUCGUGCGUGAAUCGUCUUCUCACUCGGCCUCGCAGACUCACAAUCGCAGACCACGGGCCGCCGCGCCGCACGCCACCGUCGCUGUUGCCUAAGCCUCUCUUCGCGGUGACAUCGUCUCGCACCUGUCUUCGUCUCCGCGGUUCUUCGAUUCCGCCUCCUCCUCCGCACCUUGUCUCCGCGUUUCGUGCGGUCUCCGUCGGUCACUUCUGAUUAAACACAGUGUGUGCUCGAUUUGAAGGCAAGAGAAAAGAGAGAACGCAGUGGCUGAAUCCAACCCAUCUCGGCUCAGCCAUUGAGUAUUCACACACUUUCUCUUUUCAUUCUCUUGUCCUAAUCGUGAACCCAAGAUCCGUCUUCAAUUUCACUUUGAGGGACAACACGCUACCACUGUGUUUGGAAAGUUGCAAGGAUGUUUGGGUCAACAAACCCGUUUGGGCAGUCAUCAUCAUCAAGCCCUUUUGGCUCUCAAUCAGUUUUUGGACAGACUAAUUCAAGUAGCAAUCCUUUUGCCCCCAAGCCAUUUGGUAGUACAUCUCCAUUUGGUUCGCAAACGGGAAGUUCCAUGUUUGGAGGUACUUCCACAGGAGUAUUUGGCGCAGCGCAACAGUCUUCUCCAUUUUCUUCCAAUACAGCUUUUGGUGCUUCAUCAUCACCAGCUUUUGGUAGUUCGGUUCCUGCUUUUGGGUCAUCUUCAACUCCUGCAUUUGGUAGUUCAUCGUCAUCAUUUGGCGGAUCAUCAGUUUUUGGUCAGAAGCCUGCUUUUGGAGGCUUUGGAUCUACUACUCAAACAAGUCCAUUUGGUGCUACCCAGCCAUCACAACCAGCGUUUGGAAGCAGCAUAUUUGGCUCCUCAACACCUUUUGGUGCUUCAUCUCAGCCAGCAUUUGGUGCUACGAGCACUCCUGCAUUUGGUGCAACAAGCACUCCUGCAUUUGGUGCAACAAGCACUCCUGCUUUUGGUGCAUCAAGCACCCCUGCAUUUGGUGCUACUAGCACCCCUGCCUUUGGCUCGACCUCUAGCCCUACAUUUGGUAGCACAGGUAGUGCAUUUGGGGUAUCAAGUUCUCCUGUAUUUGGUGGUGGGGGAGCAUUUGGAGCUUCGAGUAACCCCAUGUUUGGUUCAUCAAGUACAUCUGCAUUUGGCAGUUCAAGCUCUCCAUUUGGGGCCUCUAGUACUCCUGCUUUUGGGGCCUCUAGUACCCCAUCGUUUAGUUUUGGAUCUGCUCAAGCUUUUGGUCAGUCUUCUUCUGCAUUUGGUAGUAGCAGCCCUUUUGGAAGUACAGCCUCACCCUUUGGAGGUCAGAGUUCUGCGUUUGGAUCCCAAACUCCGACAUCGACUUUUGGAAAUACUGGUAUUGGGCAGUCAGGUUUUGGAGGUCAACGGGGUGGAAGUAGAGUAGCUAAUUACACAGCAACAACUGAAGCAGAUAGUGGUACCUCUGGACAAACUGCAAAAUUGGAGUCCAUUUCUGCCAUGCCUAUUUACAAAGAUAAAAGCCACGAGGAGCUAAGAUGGGAGGACUAUCAAUUGGGGGAUAAAGGUGGACCACUUCCCUCUGCUCAGUCAACUGGCUUGACAGGCUUCAGUUCAUCUACAACACAGACAAAUGCCUUUUCUCCUUCACCGGUGUUUGGUCAAUCAUCAGCCAAUCCUUUCUCUACGACAACACCUAAUUCUAACCCCUUUGCACCAAAGAGUUCACCUUUUUCUUCUGGAUUUGGAACUUCUGCUGCUCCUGCCUUCAGUUCAUCGGCUUUUGGUUCUUCAACAUCAGCAGCAGCACCUUCAAUAUUUGGCUCAUCCCCAUCUCCAUUUGGAGCCAACUCUGCGUUUGGUCAAUCUACGUCCCUGUUUAAUACUGCUCCUGCUCAGGCUUCAUCUUCACCAUUUGGCACGAGCAUUUUUGGCAACACACAGUCAUCCCAAUUGUUUAGUUCUGCAGCUCCUACAAUUGCACCGACGGGUUCUACUUUUGGACAGAAUACCUCCCCCUUUGGGCAGACUACACCUUUUAGUCAAUCAAGCUUGUUCAAUUCACCUUCUUCUGGGCUUGUUGGAAGCAUUUUCUCAUCAAGUGCAUCGCUCACUUCGAAUAAUCUGACUGGUUUUGGUCAGACAGCGCCAUCAAUUUCAACACCUUUCCAACCUGCACAACCUGCUCAGUCGAGUGGUGCCUUUGGCUUUAGCAACUUUGGCCAGACACAACCUGUUGGUGCAAGCAGCUUUGGUGGCACUCCAGGCAUAUUUGGUCAGAAUAAUUUUGGACUUCAGUCUAAUACCCAGAGUUCUGUGGCUGUACAAGCAGUUCCGAAUACAAAUCCAUUUGGAACACUUCCUGCGUUGCCUCAGAUGUCAAUUGGUCGAGUUGGAACCACUCCUUCAAUUCAAUAUGGAAUCUCUAGCAUGCCUGCCCUAGACAAACCUGCUCCUGUUAGAAUAUCAUCUUUAUUGACAUCUCGGCAUCUCUCACAAAGACGAAUCAGGCUUCCUGUCAGGAGAUAUCAUUCUAAGAAUGAUGGUCCAAAGGUUCCAUUCUUUAGUGAUGAUGAGGAUACUCCAUCUACACCCAAGGCUGAUGCUCUGUUCAUUCCUAGAGAAAAUCCAAGGGCAUUGAUCAUUUGUCCCAUGGAGCAGUGGCCAGGAAAAGCUUUUGAGAAGGCAUCAACUUUUAAGGAUAGAUCCAUCCCAGUGAAUGAGAAUGGAAAUAUCUCUAAAGAGGCAUGUGAAACGCCUGAUAGGACCAGCUCACAGGAUAAAGAUAGAGAGAAGAGUGCAGUAGAAAAUGGAUUUGUCAAGGAGCAAGCUCAGACUACAACGAUAAAGCAAGCAUCCAAUGGGAGUAAUGAAGAUCAUUCUCCACAAAAGGCGGACAUGUACAAGACACUGAGUGGUCACAGAGCUGGUGAGGCUGCCAUUGUAUAUGAACAUGGAGCUGAUGUUGAGGCACUAAUGCCAAAACUGCGGCGGUCUGAUUACUACACACUACCUCGAAUACAUGAACUGGCAGCGAAGGAAAGAGCUGAACCAGGAUUCUGCAGUCAUGUUAAGGACUUUGUGGUUGGAAGGCAAGGUUAUGGAAGUAUCAGAUUUUUGGGUGAGACAGAUGUACGAGGGCUUGAUCUUGAGGCCCUCAUUCAGUUUAACAAUCGGGAGGUGAUCGUAUACAUGGAUGAUUCAAAGAAACCUCCUGUUGGACAAGGGCUGAAUAAACCUGCUGAGGUUACACUGCUCAACAUAAAAUGUUUUGACAAAAAAACUGGACAUCAGUAUACAGAAGGGCCAAAAAUAGAGAAAUACAAGGAGAUGCUCAAGAGAAAGGCCGAGGACCAAGGUGCUGAAUUUGUAUCAUAUGAUCCUGCUAAAGGAGAGUGGAAGAUCAGGGUCAACCACUUCAGCGUCUACAAGCUGGUUGAUGAAGACAGUUGAAUAAAUGAUGACAAGUAAGGCCGUAAGGGUUGAUCCGGCUGUUCAAUUUGGUGGAGGAGAACAGUACUUUUGAUAGUUUCAGAACCAAAGUUCUGCUUUAAAAUGUAUUUUGUUUUUUUCCUGUAAAUUUUCACUGUAUUGUGUGAAGGAUAUAGCUUGGAAGAACGCAGUUGAUGUGCUUCCUGCUCUGGGGGAAUAUUUUAUAGAUCUACGGUUGGGGAUGUUCAAAUGUGGGGUUUCUAGCAUCAUUUUUUACGUACUUAUAUUUUGAUUCGCUUAGAUGUUAUGGCUAUUUCAACUUUAUUUUUUUUGAAUUAUGAAGGUGGUGUUUGACAUGA